AUGCUCAUCCUGUCUAUCUUGCUCUACACAUGCUUCCUGGCCGCUCCUGCCAUAGCCAACGUGGAAAAGACAAUCUUUACUGCGCCUGAGAGUAUAGCCUUUGGAGAUGCUCGCCCAAAUUUAUUAGACCUGCAUCUUGUGUCGCUUUCACCAAAGAAACUUGCUAUCCGAACCGCUCUUCCUGUAGUAUUUCCCACUGAGGAAUACCCUCGUGGUUUAUCAUCUUGGUAUCUGUUAGGGGGUCUACGUCCUGGCCAACGCUACGAAGUGCGCAUCUGUUGGGCGGCGACGCAACCCACAGACUUCCUCUUGGAGUCAUUUAAAGUGACAGACGUCUUCGAUUCUCCAGCCUUGUUGCAGGACCUCAGUAUUUACGCCGAAGAGCGCCAGAUUUCGUUGCUCGGAGAGGACUUGACCGGCUCUAGCGAACCCACUGCCGUCAAGCAAUCUGCCCUCUUUCUUCGCAUUCAGUCGGUGGCCAGUUUUUAUACCACCAACAAAGAAUUGAUGCAGUACCCUCCACCUGUCGACGUUGAUAUCAUCCUCGAUCCAUACCUUCUGAACGUCUUCCCUCAGUCGUUGCUACCAACAGCCGCCUACAUCAUUCUGCUGGCUGUUGCUAGUUGGUUCUUAUCUGGUUUCGCAUGGGCCAAGUUGCAGCUCUUUGUCCAGGAGAAGCAGCACUCUGACUGA